GGACUGGGAGGACGCUGGAGUCUGCAGCGCCCCCGCCCCUUCGCUGUUUCUUUCUUUCCUGGCUUUGGGAUCUUACUGCCGGGAGCCAGGGAGAAUUUAAAAAAAAAAAAAAAAAAAAGCGAGGGACCGGAGCGCAGGUUUCUGCGGCGGCGCGCGAACCGAGCUGGUGGCACAGCAUCCUCCUCCGUGUCCAACCCCGAGUCUUCGCCGCCUUUGCCACCGCCUUCCGAGAGGUCCCGGAGCAUCACCGAGGCCCGCAGCGAGAGGGUUCCAAGGCUCCCCUUCUCCAGAAAGGGCGCCGAGGGGAGCUCCGCCGUGCCCGCACUUGGCACAACUCUGGGGCCAGCGGUGCACAGCUGGACCGUGUACCCGCUUCCCGCCAGAGUGAGAGACACCCUCCCCGUGCACCUCGUGUAGUCCUAGUUCCCCCUCGCACCCACGAGGAUACCCCAACGCCCCGGUGGUGACCCUGCGGACCCAGCGCCCCCGCAGCGCCCCCGGCCCGAUGGAGAGCGCACCGGCCGCAGCAGCACCUUGAGUGCCAUCGCCACACCGCCGUCCAAACCGCGCACGGGAGGGUCCCGGCCCGAGAGACUCCGUGGGGCCGGUAAGAGCGCGCCAUGAAGUCCGUGCUGUUCAGCCGCUUCUUCAUCCUUCUGCCCUGGAUCCUCAUCGUCAUCAUCAUGCUCGACGUGGACACGCGCAGGCCGGCUCCCCCGCUCACUCCGCGCCCUUACUUCUCUCCCUACGCCGUGGGCGCCCGCGUCCAGCUCCGCCGGGGUAACCCCAGGCGCGACCCCGAGAAACGCAACGCAUCUCGGACCCAGCCGCAUCCCGAGCCUCCGCUGCCCACCAUCUAUGCCAUCACGCCCACCUACAGCCGCCCGGUGCAGAAAGCCGAGCUGACCCGCCUGGCCAACACGUUCCGCCAGGUGGCGCAGCUGCACUGGAUCCUGGUGGAGGACGCGGCGGCGCGCAGCGAGCUGGUGAGCCGCUUCCUGGCGCGGGCCGGGCUGCCCAGCACGCACCUGCACGUGCCCACGCCGCGGCGCUACAAGCGGCCCGGGCUGCCGCGCGCCACCGAGCAGCGCAACGCCGGCCUCGCCUGGCUGCGCCAGAGGCACCAGCACCAGCUCGCACAGCCCGGCGUGCUCUUCUUCGCCGACGACGACAACACCUACAGUCUGGAGCUCUUCCAGGAGAUGCGAUCCACACGCAAGGUUUCUGUCUGGCCAGUGGGCUUGGUCGGAGGGAGGCGCUACGAACGUCCCUUGGUGGAAAAUGGCAAAGUUGUUGGCUGGUACACAGGCUGGAGAGCUGACAGACCCUUUGCAAUCGACAUGGCAGGAUUUGCUGUAAGUCUUCAAGUCAUCUUGGCCAAUCCAAAAGCUGUAUUUAAGCGACGUGGGUCCCAGCCAGGGAUGCAGGAAUCUGACUUUCUGAAGCAGAUAACUACAGUUGAGGAGCUGGAACCAAAAGCAAGUAACUGCACCAAGGUUCUCGUAUGGCACACUCGGACAGAGAAGGUUAAUCUAGCCAACGAGCCAAAGUAUCACAUGGACACAGUGAAAAUCGAGGUGUAAACUGAAGUAGUGGCUGGUGCACUAGCCCAGCCAGGGAAUGUGGAAGAGGAAGUCUGGAGCUUAGGCUGCAGAUCACUCAGGUAUCAUUCCUUUUACUUCAGUACAACAGCUUUUACUGUCAUCUGACGGACAUGUUUACAUAGCUACCAGUUAACAGAGCUGACAAGAGGCUACAGAAUAUGUGUUUUGUCCUAAUUUGUUCUGCAUGUGUUCUACAACUAACUGGAAGUUUUAUAUAGCACAACAAAACAACACUGAAAAACAGCACUGAGUAUCGUAUAUACUUUGCUCCCCACAAGUUCAUCUUGUUAUCGGUAGAAUGUAACAGGUUUUAGUACCUGGAGACAAAUAUACUGUCAACUAAAUAUUCUCAGUCUGCAUCUUUACAACAUGAAGUGUUCAGAAGGUUGGUGCAUUGUAGGAAAUAAAACCCACAAAUAUAAAGGUCUAUGGAUUCAUCUGUUUAAUAUAGGGAAAUAACAUUUUGUCAAUACUAGGCACCAUAAAAUGUAAACACAAUUACUGUCAUAAACCUGGAUAUACCUUCAAAGAUUAAAAGUGGCUUUGUUUUAGUUACCCUGUUUGCAUAUAGUGCAGAAAAAGGUCUUCCUGUAAGCACUAUGUACAUAAGAAGAGAUCCAAAUUACAAGAGGCAGAUAAAAUUUGAAUUCUUUAAACAUUCAAUAAAUUAAGUGAUAUAGUUACAUCCAGGUUUAUCUUCCUUUCACUAACCACGUUCCCUGUUAAGCACAUCAUAACAACAGCACAGUGAAGUGAAUAAUGAAAUAAAAGAAUUUUGAUACACUAGAAAACAGUGCUCAGUGAUACAUUUACAUUCUAUUUAUGAUUAAACAUGUGAUCAUACUGUACCUUCCUAUAGGAUUACUGGCUAAUUUGAGGGUGGGGUUUAUACUGUUAGAGGUAUUACUAACAUGAUAAUUAAUUCCCUUAUAUGCAAACAUUAGUGCUAUAAUUUUAUUGAGAAUAAAACCAAUUAUGCAAGUUGACUGAGCAGCUUCUCAAAGAAUGUGGUUUAUGAAAUCAUGGGAAAUAGGAACAAAGCUGCCCUGGACAUAAACGGUUUCCUCAAUCUGCUUUCACCACAUCAAGUUUAAUCAGUACAGACCAACACGGUCAAUCAGGUAAUUCUUAAUAUGAACAAAUGGGAGAAAAGAAAAAAAAAAUCUCUAUGUACAUGAAUAAACAGGGGAACUAGAUGCAUUUUAGCAAGGAAUGUCAGGUGUUAGUUCUGGAUGAAACUGGUACUGCAGUCUUCAUUUCCACAGUUGUGUGCUGAGAGUCUGACCCGAUGAGCUUCCAGACCACCCUGCUGUUGUGCUGGGGGGCUGGCCAAAGCCUGCUGAAGGGUUUGCACUACUGAGACUCAUGCCAGCCAUCUGCUGAUUCAUCUGUGAAACACAUAAAAGGCUUAGUUUAGGAGGACUACUUCACUUUUAAUUCUUGUUUCUUAGCCACAAUUAGACAUUUUUGCUAUUUAAUGUGGUAACCAGUGAGAACACUAGAGUAAAAGCAGACUGGCAAAGAUUUGCUUCUUAUUUUCUCCCUCCAGCACUGCUCAUAAAGAAAUCGCAGUCAUAUUUAGUUAACUUUCUGGAUUCAAAUUCUUAAAGUUUGCAUCCCCAGAGAUUAACAACUACUAAAAAAAAAAAACAAAGUAAUCUCUGUGUUUGUAUCUGGGUGCACAGGAGCCCAUUACUCUUUCAGAGUAGCUAUGCCUUACCUAGUAAGGACAGAAAAUGUUAGAAAGUAGAAAAUAUUCUAAAAGUAAUAUGUGUAUGAUACAUGUAAUUCUCUACUAAGACCAUAAAUAGCUUUAUAUGCAUUCUAAAUAUUUCCCAAAAGUCAUACAAGCAUACAUUUUGGAUUUUAUGUCUUAACAAUUUAGCUAAAAUUAAUUUCAUUAUAAAAUGUAAGAUUCCAUAUGCUUGACUCCAGUUUGGAAGAAAAUUACGUUUAUAAACUUAAUCUGAUGGUUUUCUUUCAAGAUUGGUUUACCAUAAAAGUACAGUGAGUUCAAACCAAUGCUCAGGGUAAGACCCUGUUCUAGCUGCAGUUUUCCAAGAUGCUGACAUUAACUGCACCACUGAUCAGAUGUCUGACAGGGCAGAAGAUCAUGUCUUCAUACCUACGCACAGACACUACCAUGAUUUCACUGGCCAGUGAAUACCACUGAUGGCUGCUGUUCUCCAACACACUAUCUAGAAGUAAGGUCUGCACUAGGUACAUCUCAGCAAUUUAGAACUUUUGAGAUUCCCAGUUGGUAGAAACCAGCAUCAUACUUAUACUCCUGAAUCCUGACUGCAAAAAAAAAGUUGGAAAACUUGUAGGCUAUACAGUGAUUAUGCUAAAGCUAGUCAGAAAUCACUCAGGGUGUCCCAUGCUGUGAACAAUGCAUCCCAGGAUAAUUGAGGCCCAAACACAUUUGUGAUGACAAUAUCAUGUCAGUUUUAAAAUAUUGGCACACAGAAACCAAGACUACUUAAGAUGCUAGUGGACCAUUACAAAGGAAGAAGGGUGUUGGAGAUACCUCAGUCAGUAAAGUGCCUGCAAGCAUAAGGAAGUGAUUGCCAGAACUUGUGUUGGGAGGGGAUGAGGGAGUUAAAAAAAGAAAACAAAAAACAGGUAUGGUGAUAUGCACUUGAAAUCCCAAUACUGGAAGUACUGAGACAGGUGGAUCUCUGGGGCUUGCUGGCCCACCAGCCAACCCUACUGGGCAAGUUCCAGGCCAGUGACAGACCAUGCCUCAAAAAGAGGUGGAUGGUACCAAAGGAAUAACACCAGAGGUUGUCCUUUGGCCUCCCCGAGCAAGCAUAUGCACACCCACAAAAGGAAGGGUAACGGGAAUAUGAAGUUAAGCCUAGAAGUGUUUGUGGAGCUAAAGGGAAGCCAGAAUGGAGCAUUUAAUAAAAAUAAGUAACCACUUGGCCUCCAAGGGCAUACAAUUUGCAGGAAGAGCAUGCAUAUGUUAUCUUGUGUGACACUGUAACCAUCCAUUGUUGCUUGACAAUUGUCUAAUGGAGUUUCUUGUGAUUACCUUCCAGUCUUCCUCCUCCCCUCCCUUUCCUUCCUUCCCUCCCUCCCUCCAGGUGUGCAUGCGGGCGCGCGCGCGUGUGUGUGUGUGUGUGUGUGUGUGUGUGUGUAGGUAGGUAGUCUGGGUGGUAAUGUACACACAGGCCAGGGGAGGGCACUGGGUAUUCUUUAUUGCUUUUCUACCUUAUUUCACUAAGACAGACUCUCAUGAACCAGCAGCUCUCAGUUUUUCGGCUAGCUGACUAGAGCGCCCCAGUGAUUCACUUGUCUCUGCAGAUCUCAACACUGGGGUUAUAGGCAUGUACAAUCAUACCAAGCAUUUUACAAGGGUGCUAGGAAUCCUCAUGUUUGUGCAGGAAGCACUGUUACCCACUGAGCUAUUCCCCAGUCCCCCUUAGUUUACAGAUUUUUGUUGGACUGCAUUCACAGCUAUCUUUGGCUGUAUGCAACCUGUGGUUUUUCACUUCUGUAACUAACUUGAAAUAGCAUUUUACAAGGCAAUAUCUGAGACAAAUGUGGACUUCUUCACACCCUACAGGAACUUUUUAACCAGUGAAGACUCUGUAACAUAAAAAUUAUAGGCCAUGUGAAAGGGGAAGCACAACUUUAGAAGAGCUUUUGAACAUACAGAAGUUUUAUAAAUCCACUGGCAGUAACCAAGUGACAUGGAAGACAGCCUUGAUCUCUCAUAAAAUUGUGCUUUGAGAACAUGAAGCUGAGUUUCUUUUCCAUCUGUGAGAGUUAUUGAAAAAAAAACAACCAAAAUUAUUAGUGAAGAUAGAUUGGUCCAAGUGGACUACAAAAAUCCACCAUACCACACGCUAAGUAAAGCCUGGUGCUCAACUGCAAAGGUGACAGAAAGGGAAUCCCUUAGGUUAUCUAGGUUAGUUUCUAGCUAUUUCAAUGAGGUUUAGUAUGUUCACCAUCACAGUUGAGUUCCAGAAGUAGGAAAAGUAAACCUAACAUUUAUUUUCAGAAUAUUCUAAAACUAAGGACAAAUUGUCUGUCAAAAUUUCUUAAGAUCUGUACAACAUUUCUGACAAUACAACACUAUCCCUACCCAAUUCUGUUGCUAGGUCAUUUGAUUUCAAAACACUAAGAAGGUGAACAUGAUUUAUUUGAUUUGUGAGAAGCUGCAGCGUGAAGGCCCCUACCUGUGAAAGGUUCCACUGAGGCUGUUGAGCUGGUGGCAGGCCAAACUUACUCGGUGGUGCACCCAUCUGUCCCAUCAUUCCUCCUUGGGGGGCAACAACAUUUUGAGGAAGUGGCAUCACACCAGUCUGUGCAUUUCCCAUGAACCCAUUGGGCAUGGGCAUGCCCACCAUCAUGCUUGCACUCUGUCCCAUCACGUUUCCUAUGAGGCCAGGAGCCGCAGGCACUGGUACACCCAGCGACGGGAAGCCUUGAAAUGGAGCUGCUGCUUGUGAGGUAAACGGCACAUUUGUGGGUCCCAUGAACACACCUGUAUGGUGGGAAGCAUGAGUAACAAGUGAACAGAGUUAGGGUGACUAUGCGUGGUGGCACUCACCUGUGCAGGCAGGGAAAAGCACGAGCUCCCUGACCACCUACAGCAACCAGUCACUCCAGUGUGGAACAAUCCACAUCUAACCCUGCAGAGCUGGUGAUUUACAGAAUGCAGACAAAUCAAUCAUUAACUUGGGGAAGUUUAACUAGAAAAUGUAAUCUUUGCAAUAGCCACCAAAGCAUCUUCCAUAGUGAAAGCCAAAGCACACAACACGAGAGCACAUGCUACUUCCGCUGCUUCACCAACACUGAUCUCCCCAAAUUCACACACAUGACAUGAGGGGACUCUGUCUUUUUCAGAUACAGUUUCAGCCCAUAUGUGAAAUACAACCCAUUUUAGAGGAAAUGGUCUGAUAGAAUAGACCUGAAUAAAUUUUAUGUUAUUUCAUUAUAACAACAAAACAUUUCCACAUUUAGAAUCCAUGUGAUCAUUCUAACUGCUUUUUGUUUACCUGCAGAGGAAAUAUACUGUAUACAGUCAUAAACUUAAUGUAAAUCAAAUUCCAAUAAUUAUUCAAAGGUGAUCUAUGUCUGAAGCUUGUGAAACAGUAAUAUGUGAUAUGUGGAUAGCUUGUUAAGAUGAAAUGAAUAAAGUGUAAAUGAAA